AGACCGUGCGGCCGCGCCGGGGGGGGGGGGUGAAAUGAGACUUUCCAGCCCCACCCUCUCCCCACGCCGCGUGACUCGCCUCACGGCGGCCGGCACCACCCGCGGGCGGGGCGUGCUGUGGUGGGAGGUGGCACCAGUGCUCGCCAUACACCGUACGGUUUCACGCCAGGCUGGGAGGGGGGUGAGGGACGCACCCGGCCGCCCCCGGUAGCCCUGAGCAGCUGGCGGUUAGGGCCCUGUGGCGGCCACCCCGCCCCCCCGGGCUCCCUGGCGCUGAAGGCGGGAGGCACGCGGACGGCGGGGCGCCCCGAGCAGUCCCUGAGGGAGCCCGGCAUGAGGGGCGGCCCGGCCCGGCCAGAAGUGCUUCCUCAUAGCUCUUCCAGAACUGCCGGCUGUCGCGGGAGCCCCUCGCCCUGCCGCGGGAGAGUUCCCCCAGGGCACCUUGAGCCGAGCCCUCCCUCCGACGCCCCUCGCCCCUCCUGCCGUGGUGCCGGCCGUGCUGAGGUCACGGGGAGGGGAGUCUCAGCCGUCUCUGCGUGGCGCCCUCUCACCCGCCCGUCAGCCGGUUUCCCUUCAGUUCUCUUCAGCUAAAACGUCGUUCCUUCACUGGCCUGAGAUGUGUCUGAUGGCUUUGUUUGCUUGUUGGGCCAGAAUGGGUAUUCCCCCUGUCCUGUCCCCCUUCGCGGCAGCGGCGCACUGCACUGCCGGUGCUGGGUAAUGUCCGUACGCCAUUUGGGCGCCUCAACAGCAAUAGCCCCGUAUUCGCUAUAGCCCCCGCACACGCUCCAGUGUGAUUACAGGCUGGUGGGGUUUUUUUUUCGUGGGGUUUGUUUACAGCACAACUUCACUGACAUAAAAUUGAGAGACCCCUAUCCCUGAAGGUGGUAUUUAGGUAGUUGUUCUGUACCCAGUGCGUUUGCUAUUGGUUAUCAGGGUGCAGGACAGUUUCUUUGCUGAAUGCCACCACAACCUUCAGAUCCCCUCUCCAGGUCAUUACAGUCAGCCUCAAGGGAAGAGUAGCUACUGUUCCUCGCAGCUUGGCGUUGUUCUCAGCUUUAACAGAGUUGUUAGUGAAAAUAACAAAUAGCGCCGCCGAGCUCUGUGAUUUACCUGUCUGUUCUGACAAAACCAGCAAUAGCCAUUCUCUUGACUGACGUCCUGUUCAGCUUUGCAGGAGCUCUGUCAUGGUUUCAGGUUCAUGUGUUGUGAUUAUCAACCUCUAAAAUUGUAAUUUCCCCCACAGAUGCUGAAUUUUUCUACUUGUGCAGAAGGCAGCUGGGUUUAUUUCCUAUGAUUUAUAACUGACUGGCCACAGUCUGUGUGUGACUUAGUGAGGACAUCGCUGUUGAGAUCCUGGCAAUUACUUUCUUGCCAGUCGGGAGGGGACCAAUAUCGCAGAGCGAUUCCUCACCUCUUGGAUCCCAGACCCAGGUGCCACUUUGGGGCAAUCAACAAUAUAACAUGAAUGACACCAGGCACCAGUCUUUGUUCUUUGUCAAUCUGCCAGAGCUACAAAAACUCUGUGCCACUACAGUAAUGCUGAGUUCUCAGAUACCGGAAACUGAGACAAGGACUACACAGAUAAAGAUUUGCAGACAGUUGUUAUUCCUGCAUCAAGACAUCCUUUCUGCACCUGUUAUUGGAACACUAAAUCAAAUUUCAGUUGUAAUGGCGAUACCAUUUUACAAAUCAGGAAUAUGUCAAGCCUACAUAGAGAAACAAGGAGCUACCCUGGAAGCACCACAAACAGUUAGUCCAGCCAUUCUCCAAACCUGUCUCUCCUACACACUUACAGCCAGGCUUGCACCCAGAUGGAACAAGGCAGGUCAUCUCUUGGUGCAAGGAAGAGAUUUUCUGUCUCAUUCAGGAAGGCAAAAUGCUGUUGUUAUAGACCUCAGUGUAUCAGAGAGGCAGCUUUGCAUCAGUGUGGAGGCUUGCUCAAUUCGGUUGCCACCCCCUGAGCUGACAGAUUUUGAUAUUUCAGCAAACACCUUAAAGUUGUUUGAGAGCAGUGAAAGUACAGUUAUUCACCAACAUUCCAUAUUAAGUAACUGGUGCUAUGUUUUGCCAAGCAUGAAAAUGGGUCAGAUCAUAAACAUCAGCCACAUAAUUCCUCCAGAAUCUCCUUUCCGUUCAUAUAAAGAAUUUCAGAUGCACUGGAAGAAUCUGUAUGGUUAUAUUCUUCCAGAGGAACUUGAAGAUGCAAAAAUAUACCUCAGUGUUUACUUCAAGCCAAUAGGGGAAAGGUGCUUUACGUACCCUUUAAGUUGCAUUCGAAGUCAGCCAGUGCAGUAUUUCCCUAGAACAGAUUCGGAAAGUGUGUUGACCUCUUUUCUUUCUGACAUGAAGCGUAAUCUUUCACAUCUCUGUGGAUUUCCAGUAAAGAUGACAAGCAAGGCACUUUAUGCUACACAAGAGCUCUCCAGGGCUCUGGUACGUGAAAUAAAAUCUAAGCAUAUGCAAUUGGCUGGUGAGAUGGUUUAUGUGGUAUCUCUAACGCAGACUCCUCCAAGAAAACAGAGUUUGCCUAGAAUUUCUUCACCGUGCAAUAUGGAAAACAGCCACUGGAUGGAGCGUUUGAUCAAAGAGCCAGAAACACAGACUUUUUCGAGGCACAGUAAGGGUACAGAAAAGGUUAGCAUUGACGCAACAGAGAAAUCAAUGAAUAAUAGGCAAGUACCAGGAGUACCAGAGUUGCCAGUUGUGAAGUCGUUAGGAAUGCCUGUAACUUCAGCUUUUGAACUCCCCCCCGCAAAAAUCAGCAAAAUUAUACCAAUUUUCAAAGGGAAGUUGAUGCAGAUGAACAGAAAGACCACAAAUCUAAUGGAUGGGAAGAAGAGAGAGAACGCUGAAAAACAUUCACCCAUAAAAAUUAUGGGUGUUUCAUCUUCUAUGCUGACUGUGUGCAAGUCCAGCAUAACUCAGGUUUACAAACCUGUCCAAAAUAUGUCAGUCAAAAUUCCUACUUACAGCAGCGUACUUCAGGUAACAAACACGAAAACAGAUGCAAAACACUGUAUACCUGUAUUUCAAUGGAAAAGAGAGUCUGGUGGACAAAUGACUAAUUCUGGGGUUUUUGAUAACUCAGCUUCAGGUGGGAAUUCAAGCCAAGUCAAUCACAAAAAGGCAAAUUCUCCUUCCUUUCUUAAGACUGUUGGGUCAGUGCUUCAGAAAUCGAAUGUCAAUCUGAGUCUGAAUACAUAUGCUUCUCCUGCUUCCAGUGCAAGAAGGGGAAAAAAGUUGGCAAGUCAAAAUACCACCCAAGUUCUUGAGAAACGUCACCAGUCAAAGAAAGUACAUUUGCAGAUUUGUAAAUUAGACAAUGAAAUGACAAAUUCUGGUUUAUCACAGCAACAAACAAAGAGAUCAAAUGAAGAAGCAGGCUUAAAUAUUAAUGAAUCUGUCUUAAAUGAUACAGUGUGCAUCCCCAAAAAUGAAGAAGAUAAAGCAGCAUGCCGUUCUAAGGACUAUAUCGCUAAGACAACCAGUUGUCAUUCCAAAUCUAACUCUGAACAGAUGAUUACAGGGAACAAGUAUCUGACAUGUGAAACACUGACCUCAAAACCGACUUCCUCAAUCAAGGAGAGCAACAUGGAAACAUCUGUAAAGAAAGGUUGUGCCAGAAGAAGACAGAAAGAAGAAGGUUAUUCCAAGUUAAAGAAAGCCAAAAGAAGCAAGCCUUCUAUUUAGGCUGUUCCGGAGUACUGAAAGAAAACUCUGGGUAUGCUCAUUGCAAAUUUUAAGUAUUUUUAUUUAUUAAAAUAAUAUCACAUAUCUAUAAUAGUUCCUGCUCUUUUGGAUCGUGAUACUGACAUCAGCUGUCUCCAAAUGAAUCGCUUUACUGAACAAAUGGCUUCUAGAGGAGAAUAACGAGGUAACAGAAGCUGAGUGUCUUUGUUUUAUUGAACACUAGUAAAUAAAGCUUUGCUUUUUUUUUUUUUUUUGGUGAAACAAGCAACAUUAAAUACAAAGGUAUCUUGUACUUAGUAGAAUUUAGAAUUGGCUUAAAUUUGUAUUUUGAUCGACUCAUUUUCUUUCAGACUAAAACCUAUUUUUUGUGCUGCUGAGUUUUAUUUGAAUCUGAGCUGAAGUUAAAACCAUAAAUCAUUAAACUUAGGCUAUGUAUGUUAUUUAAUAUCAUUACAUGAAAUGAG